GGGGACUGUGGGGGUUGCUCCUGCGGGGGCCGGGAAAGCAGGAGCAACAUUGAGCGCCAUGCAGCGGGCCUGCGGGGAUGGGCCUGCGGACCUGCCGGCCUUGGAGGACCUCAACACAGAGAGGGAAGCCGAGCCCGAGGCCAAGCAGAACGAGCGGCGGCCAGAGCUCGAGCUGCCCAAGCCCGAGAUCGAGCCCAACGCUGAACCCGAGUCUAAUGCUGAGCCCAAGCCCGAGCCCGAGCCCGAGCCCAAGCCCGAGCCCGAAGCCGAACCCAGGCCGGAGCCCAAGUCCGAAAGGCCCGCGGAGGCCGAGCUUCAGAGCCCGGUCCCUUCCCCAGCCUCCUUGACAGCCGACAAUGCGGCUGAGUCAGGCGACGUCAGCAUCCAGGAACGCCGCCCCGGCCCCGUACCCAGGACCAGGACCAAGAAAGGAAAGAAGGCCGCUGGGCUGCGCUUGUCUGACGCGUCCCGGAGCCGUCGGCCUCUCACUGUCACCGUGGACAGCUCCAAGGCUAGGACCUCCCUGGACGCCCUCAAGAUCAGCCUUAGGCAGCUCAAGUGGAGGGAGUUUCCCUUUGGUCGUCGCUUGCCCUGUGAUAUCUACUGGCAUGGAGUUUCCUUUCACGAUAAUGACAUAUUCUCAGGUCAAGUAAACAAGUUUCCAGGCAUGACAGAAAUGGUGCGGAAAAUUACUCUGAGCCGAGCUGUGAGAAUCAUGCAAGAUCUCUUUCCUGAAGAAUACAACUUCUAUCCUCGCUCAUGGAUUUUGCCUGAUGAAUUUCAACUAUUUGUUACUCAGGUUCGAAUGGUGAAAGAUGGUGACCCCUCCUGGAAGCCCACUUUCAUUGUAAAACCUGAUGGUGGUUGUCAAGGUGAUGGAAUCUACCUCAUUAAAGACCCCAGUGACAUUCGAAUAGCAGGAAAUCUCCAGAGCAGGCCAGCUGUGGUCCAGGAAUACAUCUGUAAACCUCUCCUUAUAGACAAACUAAAAUUUGAUAUUCGUCUGUACGUCUUACUAAAGUCUUUAGAACCAUUAGAGAUUUAUAUAGCCAAAGAUGGACUCUCUAGAUUUUGUACAGAGCCAUAUCAGGAGCCUAACUUUGGAAAUUUACAUCAUGUAUUUAUGCACUUAACCAACUAUUCAUUGAAUAUCCACAGUGGAAACUUCAUUCAUUCUGAUAAUGUCAAUACUGGUAGCAAAAGGACUUUUUCCAGCAUCCUUUGUAGACUUUCUUCCAAAGGAGUUGAUAUCAAGAAAAUCUGGUCGGAUAUUAUUUCUUUGGUGAUUAAGACAGUUAUUGCGCUGACACCAGAGCUCAAAGUGUUUUAUCAAUCUGAUAUACCAGCAGGAAGGCCUGGGCCAACAUGCUUCCAGAUUUUAGGAUUCGACAUUCUUUUAAUGAGAAAUUUGAAGCCUAUAUUGCUAGAAGUAAAUGCAAACCCCAGCAUGAGAAUAGAACAUGAGCAAGAGCUUUCUCCAGGGGUGUUUGAAAAUGUCCCAAGUCUUGUCGAUGAAGAAGUAAAAGUAGCAGUGAUCAGAGAUACUCUUCGCCUAAUUGACCCACUGAAGAAUAAGAAAAAAGAGAACCGAUCCAGUGAUCUUUUCACAACAACAUCAAAGACAAAGAGUCAAGGAAAGAAAAGCUGGUUCCAGGCUAAGAGGCAUCUACUGCCGAACAUUGAAGCAGGUCAGCUGAGCUUUCCAGAUAUCUUUAUGGACAGAAAAUCCAGAUUCCCAUUCAUUUUUGGCAGAAUGUCUCGAUUGAAGCUUCAGUUUUCAAAGUUUUCCAUAGUCAGAUCUGAACAAUGUAAUAAAAUAUCAGGAAUGAGAGAAGAAUCCAGAACAGAUGAAGCAGAUAUUUUUGAUGCAGAGGCUCAUAUGAACAAUGAAGCCAGCUUACCCUCGAUCUGUCUCAAGCAAGUAUUCCCAAAGUAUGCAAAGCAAUUCAACUAUUUGCGCUUGGUGGACAGGAUGGCUAAUCUAUUUAUCCGAUUCCUUGGGAUAAAGGGGACAACAAGGUUGGGACCAACAGGGUUCCGCACCUUCAUAAGGAACUGCAAACUCAGUAGCAGCACCUUCUCAAUGGCAUCUGUAGAUAUUCUGUAUAUUGAUAUAACAAGAAGAUGGAACUCCUUCGGCCUUGAACAGAAGGAAUCAGGUAUGUGUUUGCAAGCCUUUGUGGAAGCAUUCUUCUUUCUGGCCCAGAGAAAGUUCAAGCAAUCAUCACUGCAAGAACAAGUUACCUCUUUGAUUGAGCUGUGUGAAUAUCACUUGACCGUACUGGAUGGGAAACGCUUUCUCUACAGCAAAAGCACCUCUUUCAGGCCUUCAGUCAUCAGUUCUUCCCAAGACAGGCUUCCUCUCACCCAGCCACCAAAUGGAUCUUUCCUUCCCCGAAAUAACACUGCCAAUAAAUUUGCCCACUACAGACAUCCUCAUUCUUGAGGGAAUGGCGCUUUGGUUUGGAAGAAGAAACUCAUAGAGAAUGUCAGGGCUGACGAGGGCUUCCCUCCCCAUGAGUAUGUGGCUGCUGGUGAAAUGUGGAAUGCCAAGUUUUUCUAUUGCUAAAUGCUCUCACCUAUUUAUUUCCCAUUUCCCCAAGUUCCACGCUUCUAAAAUUGAAUGCUCUGCGUGCAACUGUCUGUGGCCCCAGCCCUUCUUUUUCAGUUCAUCAAUGGAUAGGCUGUGUACCUUUUGUGACAAAGUCCAUUCUUCUUACUUUAUGGAAUACCACAUAUGAAGACAGUGGGAAUGAAUUCGUGUUGUCAAGACCACUGACUCCUGGGGAUGAUAGCCAUGGAGGAGACAGUCCAAGGAAAAGAAAUCUCAGGUUUCUGUGGCCUCUUCAAGAACCAAGAGCCAUUUUGUGUCACCUUCCAGUCAAUGGGUAGAAAAUGAUUUGGGAGAAUCAAGUAGAAGUAUACAAAUCUGCAAUCCCUAAUAUAUAUGCAUGUGUCUCAAUGAGUUAACCUAGUGUUUUGGAUUAGUUGGCCCCAUUUCUGCAAUUUUCUAUUUUUACAUUUCAGAACCAUAGAUUCGGGUUGGUGCUACUCAGUGAUAUACUCUGGGAAGUAUGGUUUUUGUACCCCUAGAUUCCUAAAACACUGAAGUCACCACCAUCUAUGGAUCUUUGUAGAUGGUGUGUAUAAUGAAGACUUGCCAGAGAGACAAGCUGUUUUACCUCUACGAUUUGGGACAAGAGAAAGAAAGGAGGGUAACACCUUCUCCUUACUCCUCAGGAAAUUUUUAAUUCUUAUUUUAAAAAGAAGCUAAUUUUGCAGGAUGGAAUCUUAGAAUUUAAAGGGAUCUUGGAAUACAAAAUGAUAGAAUAUAGGACAUAGAAUAUUAGACAUAAAAAAACACUCAAAUACUGAAUGAAAGAAAAAACAAUAUUAGAGCUAGAAGAAAAGCAACUGAAAGCAUAGAAUACAGAAAUAUUAAAUACUGAGCUAGAAGGAAUCUUACAACAUCAAAUUCCAGUGUUAAGAGAAACCUAAAAGCUACAUGGUUUAAUCCCCUGAUUUUACAGAUGGGAAAACUAAGGCCCAGAGCUGGGGAGUAGACAGAACCAGCAACAGAACUCAGGUCUCUGCACUCCUAGACUCAUGUGCAUCCUCUAACAACACAUUGCCUCUCCAUUUACAGGUCUUUGUAUUCAGGGAUGGCUGUGCUGCAAAUCUGAGCAACUCAGCAUUUUGAUACCUCUUUUGACUGUAACAGUUUCCCCAGACAACCCUGUUAUAAUUAAUAUUCCUAUAUAGUGCAAGGAUAAGAAACAGAGCUUAGAGAAACUUUCACUUUAUGUAGCAAAUGGAUUUCAUAGUAAAAGACUUGCUCAAUGCAUUUAAGCACAGCUUGCUAUUUUCUUUGGACCAGAACUGAAUCUGUGUACAGAAUUAGAGCUUCUCAUCUUUUCUGAAAUUUUGUUUUCAGAAAGGAUGACAAUGCCAAUCUCUAGUAAUUUUUAGCUCUAAAAUAGCACUUAAAAAAAAUAAGUUUAUUAAGCACCAAAUAGAAAUCGAGAGUCACAGAACAGAAAAGUCAUAGAAUAGCCAGAAGGGCUCCUAGAACCCAACAAGUAGAAUGUUAGGAAAUAAAGCAUUAGGUGUUCGAACCAGAGGGGACUUGGAGAUCUCCUGAUUCAAGGCACUCAGUCUGCAGAAGAAGAAAAGGAAGGACUUAGCAAAGAUCCCCUGAUGGCAGGGCUAGGAACCAGGUCUUCAGCUUUCCACACUAUGGGCAAAGCCCCAUUCUUAAGUUUCAUAGGACAUAGAAAAGUAGAUGAGAGUUUGGCCCUUUGGGCUAGGAAUUUAUAAUUGAAUGAUCAGUCAACAUGAAGCUUUUAAACAACUACUAUGACAAUAGGAGAGGAGUUAAUAUACUUAAGACAACUACAAUGCAAACUGGAAUAUAUUGAGUGCAUAGGAGCAGAGAGAUAGCACUCAUUUUAGGCUUGGGGAAAUCACAAUUUGAGGGCAUCUGUAUGGUUUCAUGUGGUACAUGAGCUAGUCCUGGAAAGGAUUUCAACCAUCAGAUGAGGCAGGAAGGCAACAUUCUAAGUGCACCAGUUCUUGUGAAUAAUUGGGCAGAGCUCAGAAUGAGGUAUCUUUAGGGGAUAUUUUCAAUUAUCCCACUUUGGCUAAAACAUAGAAUAUAUAAGAGAGAAAUUAUAGAUUAUCUAGAAAAAUUGGAAGGGAUAUUAUGAUGUAUUGCAGUUUUAUCUUUCAUAUGUCAAUAGAAUUUGGAGAGAAGAAGCUUCAUAUUUCCUAAUUUUGAAUGAUAUUGUAAAUAUUAGCUCUCACAGCCAGGAAUAUUCUUUUAGGCCAUUGCAGUUCAUCACUAGACAGUUUGUUUUCUAUAUCACGCUUUAUUUUUUUCCCCCAAGGUGAAUUUUCUCCCUCAAAAUGUUGCUCAUUUUGCAGGUGUGACUGUGAGGAAAUCUUCUCUGAAGGACACUAAGUCUUCAUUGUGAUUAUUAGGGAAAUGAGGUGCCUACUUUACUAAGCUAUCCUUAUUCCAGUGCCUGACAAUGGUAGCUUAGGGUCCCUUUAUUUUGUUCUGCCCUAACCUCAAGGAUUUAGAAUCUACCAUAAGGGUCUCACCUGGUCUUUUCUGUUCCUCAUGUUAAACACCUCCGAAGCUAUCGUGUGAUCAAAAAUCAGCCUAUUAAUAGGCCCACUUCUUUCAGAAAGGGAAAAUUGUAGUGGAGGCCAAAGGCACCCUCGAGGCAAGCAAGGCAGGCAGGCACAUUCUAUGUGGUUUGCUCUGUCAGCUUUCCUCGAGAAGGUAUAGAGAGAUGUAUUUGAGACAUGUGGGACAAAGGAGCAGAGCACCACAGCAGUAUCAUGGAAGUGUAGGGGCUUAAGUAUCUUCUGCUCAAGAACCUUCAUUUUAGAGAUGAUAAAACUGCAAGGUCCUCUAGAGACUUGCUUUAAGUGUCACCAAAAAUAAACAGCAAAACAUGGAUCAUCCAGUUGUGGCUUGAAUACAUUCCCCUAAGAAUGGGGAACUCAUUACUUCCCAAAGUAACCUCAUUACAUUGUUGAAUUCCCCUGACAAUUAAUCCUUCCUUAUAUCCAUAUAAUGUGAGCUUAUCCAGCGUAACAAGGAGUCAUUUGAUGGUAGAAUUUCAUGUUCAGCACUAGGUUGGUUGGAGAAUGAGAAUGGUAUUUUAAGCAGUGGAGCUUUCCCGGCCCCCUCAACUCAUAUUAUGUAGGGAACUUCCCACUCAAUCUCCAAAAAAAGGAUGGCUUGGAGUGGGGGGCCAGUAUUUUAACCACUCUGGGAUUUUAGGGAUCUGGCCUCCAACUAGAAGUCAUCUUUCCUGCCCCAUUCCCACCCCUUCCACUUGCUCCCAGUUACUCAUAAAAUAGCAAAGUCAACACCAAGCAGAUGGUUAUCUGAGUUAUGAGUUGCUAUCUGAGGCUUGGUCACUGGUAAGCUUGUGGAGGGUUCCUUGUUGCUCUAACAUUUUCAUUAGGGAAGCAGACAGUUUGCAUUACCUGUCUGCUUUCUAAGACAUCCUUUUUGUGUUGAUAAAAUGGAAAGGAGAAGGAAGGAGAGAAUAUCCCUAGAUGGUCUCCAUCUUUCUUUGGUCUCCUAUCACUAGUUAGCUGAACUGUCUUAUCAACAUAGUAUCACCAGUAAUGAUAUGACAGCCAAUUAAAAUGGUCGUCAAUGAGCUUGAUGGCAAUGUACAGCUCAGCUACGCAGAGACAUUGGUGGAAGGAAGAUUAUUUUAGAAAAAUCGCUGAAGCGGUAAGAAAGAAAUAUCCCUAGCUAAGGUUACAAAUGGUAUAAUUUUAUGUGACCCACCACUAUUCCGAGAAUUCCAUUCCAAGAAGCAUCCUAGUAUAUUUGAAAAAGCCUCAAACUAAAAAUCAAGUUCCAGCCUCAUCACUGCAGCUUAAAACUAUCUCACAGCUGUGUGGGGAAUUCUCUGACAAGCAUAGCAUGUUAUACAGAGGCAGUGUGGCUUGGGAGAGAGAAAACUAGCCUCAGAGUUAAGAUGAUGGCAGUUUGAGACCCUCUGAUGCAGAUUUAAUGUGUGACCUUGACCUUAAAUCACUUACCCUCUUAGUGACUUAGACCACUUCUAAAACUUAAUUGCAAAAAAAAAAAAAAAAUACUGUUCUAAGAACUUAAGAGGACACAAAAUGGAUAGAACAAUGCACUAGGAGUCAGGAAGAUCUGCGUUCAAAUCUUGCCUCAGAUACUUACCAACUAAGGAACCCAUCA